GCUGCUGUUGUAUCACCGACUGUAAUGUAAACAAUAACAAAUACCACACUUGCUCGUCCGUUUGCACCUGAUUUCUUCGAUUCAUUGUAUUGAGAAACAAAAUGCCUGUCCCUUGUCGUAGCGGUUGCGGUCGUAAAGCAUUUAUGCGGCGACCGAAAACCGGAGAUGUUCUCUGCAAGGAUUGUUUCUUUCUGGCAUUCGAGACCGAAAUACACAACACCAUUCAACAGGAGCAGUUGUUUCGACCCGGGCAAAAGGUAGCGAUUGCGGCCAGCGGAGGCAAGGACAGCACAGUGCUAGCGCACGUAAUGAACACGCUGAACACGCGGUACAAUUACGGUCUGGAUCUGGUGCUGCUUUCCAUCGACGAAGGAAUAACCGGGUACCGAGAUGACAGUCUAAAAACGGUCGCACAGAACCGAGACGAUUAUGGUAUGCAGCUACGUGUACUUUCCUACCAGGAGCUGUACGGUUGGACGAUGGAUCGUAUAGUGGGGGAAAUAGGGCGCAGCAAUAACUGUACGUUCUGUGGUGUGUUCCGGCGACAGGCGCUGGACCGUGGAGCCCGUCUGAUGGAGGUCGAUUGUGUGGCGACGGGGCACAAUGCGGACGAUAUUGCGGAGACCGUCAUCAUGAACAUACUCCGCGGUGACACAGCACGAUUACGCCGAUGUUGUGAUAUAAAAACGGGAUCGAAGGAAGCUGACACAAUCCCACGGGUGAAACCGCUAAAGUAUAGCUACGAGAAGGAGAUCGUAAUGUACGCACAUUUCAAGAAGCUGGUAUACUUUUCGACCGAGUGUGUAUUUGCCCCGAACGCUUACCGUGGCCAUGCGCGGGCGUUUUUGAAAGACCUCGAGAAGGUGCGACCGUCGGCGAUCAUGGACAUCAUUCAUGCAGGUGAGCAGCUACAGAUCAAGGGCACGGUAAAGAAACCAGUACGCGGUGUCUGUGGCCGGUGCGGGUUCGUAUCGUCUCAGCAACCGUGCAAAGCUUGCGUGUUGCUUGAGGGGCUAAACCGUGGACUGCCAAAGCUGGGAAUUGGCAAGAAAUCCAAGGGCGAUCGAAUGGUCGCGCUACAGGAGCAACAGUUGCGCGAGAAAGCUCAUCUGGUAAAGAACGACUUUUAACAUCGAGUUUACUGUAAUACACGGAAAGGAGUGGUUGGGUAACAACAA